AUGGCGACAGCCGAGCAUGCGAUUGUAGUUCGCGAUGAAGCGAUGGAGCUCCCAUCCCUUCCACCCAACCAGGGGGUUGAGGCUAUGAAGGAUAUUGUAUUUGGAUCUGCUGCUGGAAUGGCAGGCAAACUUAUCGAGUACCCCUUCGACACAGUCAAGGUUCGGUUACAAUCACAGCCCGAACACCUCCCUUUGCGAUAUACGGGGCCGCUGGACUGUUUUCGCCAGUCCUUUCAGGCAGAUGGGGCUCGGGGCCUAUACCGGGGUAUUAGUGCCCCCAUGAUGGGCGCUGCAGUAGAGACCAGCUGUCUCUUCUUCAGCUACCGUCUUAUCCAGGAUGCGCUGCGUGCUAUGGUGUAUCCCGGGGUGGAUCAGCUGCCCCUGGGUGUUCUUCUGCUGAGUGGAGCAGCCUCAGGGUCCGUCACAUCUUUGGCAUUGACGCCAAUUGAACUCAUAAAAUGCAAGAUGCAAGUACCUGUCGAAUCGGCAGGGAGCAAGCCACCGGGCCCUAUGACGCUCAUCAUAUCUGUGUUCCGUCAAGAAGGUCUAAGGGGUUUCUGGCGCGGGCAGCUGGGGACCUUGAUUCGAGAGACUGGAGGCAGCGCAGCCUGGUUCGGUGGGUAUGAAAGUGUUUCCAGCGUGUUCCGGCAGUAUUCUGCCAAGGAACAGUCCUACUCCGCUUCGGAUCCCCUGCCUAUUCACCAGCAGAUGAUCGCUGGUGCGACAGCCGGCAUCGCCUAUAACUUUCUCUUCUUUCCUGCAGAUACGAUCAAAUCGCGGAUGCAGACCGAAGAUAUCUCCCGUAUCCCAGUCAACGGGGAACGACAGACUUUCUGGACAGUCGGCCGUGCCUUGUGGCGGCAGCAAGGCCUAAAAGGCCUAUAUCGUGGGUGUGGGAUCACCUGUGCCCGGUCGGCGCCCAGCUCGGCCUUCAUAUUCUCUGUCUACGAAGGAUUCAGACAAUACUUUGGAUGA